AUGAGAGUGCUAUCAUCUCCACUAUAUUCUCCCUUUCUUUCUUUCUUUCUUUCUUUGUUUCUUUGUUUCUUUCUUUCUUUCGUUAAACAUAUGAGAGUGCUAUCAUCUCCACUAUAUUCUUUCUUUCUUUCUUUCUUUCUUUCUUUCUUUCUUUCUUUUCAGUUAUUUCUCAUUUUCGUCUUUUCAUGUCCUUCUACUUUUCUUUCUUUCUUUCUUUCUUUUUUCCUUUCUUUCUUUCUUUUCAGUUAUUUCUCCUUUUCAUCUUUUCAUUUCCUUCUACUUUUCUUUCUUUCUUUCUUUCUUUCUUUCUUUCUUUCUUUCUUUCUUUCUUUCUUUUUUCUUUCCUUUCAGUUAUUUCUCCUUUUCAUCUUUUCAUUUCCUUCUACUUUUAUUCUUUCUUUCUUUCUUUCUUUCUUUCUUUUUCUUUCUUUCUUUCUUUCUUUCUUUCUUUUCAGUUAUUUCUCCUUUUCAUCUUUUCAUUUCCUUCUACAUUUCUUUCUUUCUUUCUUUCUUUCUUUUCAGUUAUUUCUCCUUUUCAUCUUUUCAUUUCCUUCUACUUUUCUUUCUUUUCUUUCUUUUCUUUCUUUCUUUCUUUCUUUUCUUUUUUUUCUUUUCAGUUCUUUCUCCUUUUUUCAUCUUUUCAUUUCCUUCUUCUUUUUUUCUUUCUUUUCUUUCUUUUUUUCUUUCUUUCUUUCUUUCUUUUUUUUCCUUUCUUUCUUUCUUUUCAGUUAUUUCUCCUUUCAUCUUUUCAUUUCCUUCUUUUUUCUUUCUUUCUUUCUUUUCUUUUCAGUUAUUUCUCCUUUUCAUCUUUUCAUUUCCUUUACUUUUCUUUCUUUUUUUUUUCUUUCUUUUUUUUUUCCUUUCUUUCUUUCUUUCUUUCUUUUCAGUUAUUUCUCCUUUUCAUCUUUUCAUUUCCUACUAUAUUUCUUUCUUUCUUUCUUUCUUUCUUUUCAGUUAUUUCUCCUUUUCAUCUUUUCAUUUCCUUCUACUUUUCUUUCUUUCUUUCUUUCUUUCUUUCUUUUUUCCUUUCUUUCUUUCUUUCGUUCUUUCUUUUCAGUUAUUUCUCCUUUUCAUCUUUUCAUUUCCUUCUACUUUUCUUUCUUUCUUUCUUUCUUUCUUUCUUUCUUUCUUUUCAGUUAUUUCUCCUUUUCGUCUUUUCAUUUCUUUCUUUCUUUCUAG